AUGGACUCGAGCACCUAUCUCUCCGCUAUGAAGAGCGAAAAACUGAAGGACUCGUCACAAUGGCAGUCGUGGCACCAGCGAGUGAAGGUAUUCGCUCAACGCAGAGACAUUUGGGAUCUCUGCAACCCCGAUGCGGACGAAUUGCAUCGUCCAGAGGCUCUCAGAGAGCCUAUUGCAGCUGACUACCCUGAUGAUGGGUCUCAGGAAGACAAGCGAGACUGGAGAGACCGCCUCGAAGUCUAUAAAAUCAAGGCAAACCGCUGGGAUAGACAGCGCAAAAGCCUAAAUGAGAUUGAUGAUCUUAUCGUCAACUCUCUGGAUGCAUCACUCCGUGAUGCAGUUUUGAAGUGCGAAACACCGUACGACCGUCUAGUAUAUCUCAGCAAGAGAUUCGCUAGAUCUGAAGCGUAUACUGAAGAAGUACGCAUGCAAUGGAGAGCUUUGUCAACCCAAAAGCCGACCGGAGAUGUCGAAAAAUGGCUGAUCUCAUGGGUGGAGCUAUAUGAGCGAGCAGUCAGUCUCAAAAUCAUUGAAACUGCCAACGCAAAUAAGGACUUACUGCAAGCCGUGAAAGAGGUCUUACCAAUCUGGUGGCAAGCCAAAUUCCAAGAGAUCGUGAUGGAGAAAGCAUCGAUAGAGACUCAAAGUCUGAUCGAGUCCUUCCGAUCGACAUAUCGUGAAAUUGGACCUAAUAUAGCGUUGCCACCGGCGGCAGCACUGAAGGGGUCUUUUUCCACCUGGCAAGGAUAUCAGGAAGCGAAAACUGAUGCGCCAAGUGAUGCGAAAAAGGACUCAAAAGGCAAAUUGGACGACACGCCUUUUGAGGCAAGACCAUGCCCGUGUGGAAUCAAAUUCCACAAACCCGCCAAUUGCUACACUCUGAAUGCCGCGAUGAGACCCGACGGUUUCACGGUAUCAAAAGAGAGGCAGAGACAGGCCGAGAAAACGCUUGCUGCAGAUCCAGCGUGGAAGAAAUGGGUCAAUGAAGCUAUUGAGAAAGCAUCGCCAAAGCUGUCAAAUGCAGUCACUGGAAACAUGGCCUUCUCCACUAGCUUACUAGACCUACCGGCGUCAUCCAUCAAGGACCGGUGGAUCUUGGACUCCGGUUCCAGCGUACAUGUCUGUAAUAAUAGAAGUCGCUUUGUGGACCUUUCCACUUGCCAGCACUCUCUAUCGACCGGUGACGGCAAGACAUCUGUUAUCGGGCAAGGGACAGCAAGGCUUCAUGGCAUCGAUCCAAUCACAAGAAAGGAGAAGGUGAUUACCUUAAGCAACGUCUAUUACGCACCAGGUUUCCAUGUAAACCUAGUGUCGUACGCUCGCUUGAAGGAGAAAGGCGGACAUUGGUCUGAGGAAGCAGGCUAUAUCGAAGAUCACAAUGCCAUCCCAAUUGUCAGCCUGAAAUUGUGGAAGUCAGCCGGCUUAUGGGUCUUCGAUCAACCCGGGAGAGCACCGUUACGGACAGCAAAUGCCGUCCGAUCAUCAUCAUCGCCAAAACAGUCAGCCGCAUCAGCUGAAGUAUGGCAUCGUCGACUAGGCCAUCCGCAGUACAAGACUGUACAGCAAGUGGCAAAGCUAGUCGAGGGCGUCACAAUUGACGCUAGGACAGAGGAUCACGCAAUUUGUGAGACUUGCCACCUAGGAAGAUCAGAUCGCCAAGUAUCAAGAAGACCAAUUGGAAGGGUUUUCGGGCCACUUGGUAGGGUUCAUUUUGAUCUGAUACAGCUUCCACGUGCUUACAAUAAGCAUAACUGGAUCUCCCACUUCUAUAUUGAAGGAAUAAGGUUCCACUGGGUCAUGACGCAUGAGUACAAGCCCGAAUGUCAGCUUGCAAUCAAUCAUUUCGUCCAAUUGGCCAAGAACUGGUGGAAACUUCCGAUCAAAGCUUUCAAUUAUGAUAAUGAGAAAGCUGCAGGACGUCCAGCUGAGCAGAGCUUGACAUCCGAUGGAAUUGUGGUCUAUCAUAGUCCACCAAGGCACCCCGAGAUGAAUGGGUAUGCCGAAAGAGCAGGAGGUGUCAUCAUUCUUCGCAUGAGAAUGCUGAUACUCGAAGGCAAGCUCCCAAAGGAGCUAUGGCCUGAAGCAGCAAUGGCAGCAGUCUGGCUGCUGAAUCGGACCCCAACGUAUCUGGCUGAUCAGAAACGUUGGAUAGUCCCAUGGGGUGAAGUCAUGAAGAGCUUCGCCGGCGAGCAAGCGCCACCAAUCAACUUGGCCAACGUCAGGUUAUACGGCAGUCUCGCUUAUUGCCGUAUCGAGAAGCAGGUUCAGUCAGACAAGAUGAAUCCUCGUGCUGAGAUUGGCUUCUUGGUAGGCUAUAUAGCAUCAAACGUUUGGAAAAUAUGGUUUCCGCAAGCCAACAAAAUACGGCUCGUUCGGGAUGCUAUCUUCGAUGAAUCACGUCGAUAUACAGCGGACUUUCAGCACUUCCAGCAAGUGCCAUUGCCAAUACUGAAAGAACCGCAAGAACUGGACCAAACAGAGGCGACGAGAGCCUUCGAAGCAUCGAUCUCGACUAGAUCAAUGCCUGAAUCAGAGCUAGAAGCAAGACCAUUCAAUGACGAUGAUCAAGAUGUCAACAUUAAUGGCAAUGCUAAUAGCAAUGCUAAUGUCCGAAGCAAUGAAGCUCAACAUGAGACUCUAGACAUUGGACAAAGAGACCGUUUUUCGGCCGAAAAACCGUCUCAUAAAGAAGCAGCAAUUCCUCUAUUGGACAGCGACGGUUCUUCUGCAAAAGACACCGUUCAGCCAAUCAGGAAUCAGGAAAAGCCUGACCAGACAUUCAGAGGUCAGGGGGUGUACAAUACACCCGAAAGGGAAAGACGGGAUGAAAUAGACAUCAUCCCAGGCGCAUUUCCCCAGGAAGUCCCGCUUCCACCUACUCCGCCAAGCGAGUAUCCUGAGUCUCGUCAGGGGGUGGAAACGCUAGAUGAAACGCGUGGCACGCAAGAUCUAGCAAGGGACCAGGCUCAUGAUACGCAAGAAGUCGUACAGGAAGCUAUAGAGGAUCAGCAAGUGGACUCGGAUGAAGAAGCCGAAAUGCAAUUGCUUGCUGGGCUCGCACCAAGGGAUAUCAAUGGAGAUGUCGAUGAAACAAACAUCAUAUCUGGUUCUCGAAGACGUCAGCCUAAGCGAGAUGAUGCUUAUUCGUACGUCGCGAUGGAACCGCCAGCGUAUCUGCAUGCAUUUGCUGCUGGUCUGUACGCCGAGAAGCCAACUCGACGUCAUAGAGAUGAUCUCCCUGAGCUUCCUAGGAACUGGAAGGAUGUCAUGAAUCAUCCCUUCCAGGAAGGCUUUCUCGCCGCUAUGAGAAAAGAGAUCGAAUCGCUUACUAGAAAAGCGACAUUCGAUAUCAUCGAUCGUCCGAAGGAUCGAGGGAAGCAAAUACUUCCACUUCUCUGGGUUUUCGCGUACAAAUUUGAUCAGGAUGGAUACCUUAUCAAACUGAAAGCCAGAAUUUGCGUCCGAGGUGAUCUUGAGACCAUAUCAUCAGAUGAAAAGCGGGCUGCUACACUAGCAGCAAGAACAGCAAGGAUGAUAUUCGCACUUGUUGCGGCGUUUGAUCUUGAUCUUCGACAGCGAGAUGCUGUCACUGCUUUCUUGAAUAGCAGGCUCGACAAGGACGUCUAUACCAGAAUGCCGGAAGGGUUUGGAACCCCUGGCAAGUGCUGGAAGCUCCGAAAGGCGCUUUAUGGGUUGAGGAUAUCUCCUCGAUUAUGGCAGCAAGAAGCAGCCGGAGUUCUCACCAAAUUAGGACUCCGUCAAGUGCCAGAAGACCCAUGCGUAUUUAUCGGAAAUGGGAUCAUCGUCUUUUUCUAUGUCGAUGAUAUAUUGAUAGCAAGUCAUCAAAACGUCAGGAAGCUUGCUGAUCAACUGGAAAGAGAUCUCGAAGCUCAUUGGGAGCUUACAGAUCAUGGAGACGCGGAAUGGUUUCUGAAUAUCCGCAUUAUCAGAGACCGGCGUCUAAAGAAGCUGUGGCUAUGCCAAGACAGCUAUAUAUCAAGUAUCGCGGCCCGGUAUCACCUAACGGAUAGGCCACCGGUUUCGACACCGCUGUCGCUUGAUGAAUUAGAGCCGUAUCACGGCAAGGCAGAUGCUCAAUCAGUGCAUCUAUACCAGCAAAAGGUUGGCUCGGCCGGGUAUGCCACCACGAUAACCCGACCGGAUGCCGCAAAAGCGAAUGCGAAGCUUGCUCAAUUCUUGACGAAUCCUGGACCUCAACACCAAAAGGCGGCUGAUAGACUGAUCAGCUACCUCUAUUCAACGCGGUACCACGCAAUCGAGUAUGGGUCUCAACAGGAAGACAUCGAAUCCGUCCAAUUGGCAAGUGACGCGUCGUAUGGAGAUCAUGCAGACCGGAAGAGCUCUGCAGGAUAUAUCUGCCAGGUUUAUGGAGGACCUGUGGACUGGAAGGCCACCAAACAACGGACGGUGACUACAUCAACAACGGAAGCAGAGCUUCUUGGGCUCUCAGAAGCUGGCAAGCACCUUCAAUGGUGGAGACGACUAUUGCGGCAUGUUGGUUUCGAUCCUUCUCACGUUAUUAGCAUUGAAUGCGACAAUGAGAGAGCGAUCAACUUGCUCACGUCUCAGGAUGCUAGCUUCGACACCAAGCUUCGUCAUGUAGACAUUCACCACCUAUGGCUGAGACAGGAAGUGCAGAAAGGCCGGAUUUCGAUCCGAUGGGUGCCUACUGCCAGAAUGGUAGCCGACGGCCUCACAAAAUUGCUGCCAAGACAGCAGCACGAGCGUUUUGUGAAAAUGCUUCACUUGGUGGACAUCAGCCACUUGGUGGAUGCUGGAAAGACGCCAGGGAGAGAGCUCAGUAAAGACGUCAAGGGCAACCACUAUGAAUUGAAUGUGCUCAAUGUCGCCGUAUGCGGUACAGAAGACGGCUCGCCUGCUGCUUGGAUCCAGCACUCCAUUUACCGGCAUUCCAUCUACCAGCACUUCAUCUACCAGCACUUCAUCUACCAGCACUUCAUCUACCAGCACUUCAUCUACCAGCACUUCAUCUACCAGCACUCCAAUUGCUAG